AUGGCAGACCGCUCGUCCACCCCGCUGCUCCAAUCUUACCAUGGCGACGACAGCGAUGAAGCGCCCGCAUGGCAUAGGCGCUCACAGGAAUCAUCCUUCUCCAGACAUUUGCGACGAUGCCGCCGGACAAGUCAGCGCUUCCUGGAAUCGCGCACAAAGCACUUCCUCGUCAUGGGUACCGUGGCCCUGGAUGUAGCUGCGCUGCUCGCAAACAUCUUUAUCCAGCUGAUUGCCUGCGAGAUGGACGAAAAGGAUGAGCCCUGGGUGGAAGAUAUAACUGAAGGUCUGGAAAUUGCAGGCCUAGUCUUCAGCAGCCUCUUCCUCCUUGAGCUCGUUGCAUGUUUGUUUGCUUUUGGUCCACGAGGUCUAACCGAAUCUAUUGGCUCUUUGAUUGUUGUUCUUCGUCUAUGGAGGCUGGCAAAGAUCUCCGAAGAGGUGGUACUCGGUGCUACAGAGAGGAUGGAGAUUCUGGAACAGCAGCUAGAGGAUCUCGAAGCUGAAAACAGUAGACUACGGUCCCAGUUGGGCACCGAGUCCUCCAAUCAUUCGAUAAACGAGUAA